AUGAAAAAAUAUCCAAAUUUCAUGAUUUUCGAAUUGGAGUGUAAAUUGCAUAACACGGGGCAGGGCCCGGCCGAGGUGUCGCGGAGCGCCAGUUUCUCGAAACUUCGCGAGUCUUUGAGGCGUUCUUCGGUGAAACUUUUCCAUCGGCUCGCAGGCCGCCACUCGGCACACCUCCCGCCUGAUGUAGACUUCACCGACCCCGAGAGCAUGAAGCGCGCAAGCUCCCUGUCCGAGCUCAGUAGACCGACGCCGGAGCCGCCGCGG